AUGGGCUUGAUAGAUAACAUUCUCGGGUAUGUCAACCUGAAGGUGGUUGUCGUAUUCGGUGUUGUAGCAUGGUGGCUAUGGAUUGCCAUUAAGCGUUUCGAUGAGACUAUUCGACUGCGCCGGUUGGCGCCCGGUACUCGCGGUCAACAACUCAAUUCUCGCCUCCCUGGUGGUAUCGACUUCAUAUACAAGGCUGUCCGCGGGACCAUGGCACACAAAAACGUCGAAUUCUGGGAGGACAUGCUCUCCGCCGUGAAGGGAUGGACCGGCGAGAAGAGGGUCCUCGGCCUGCGCAUCGUCUUCACUGUCGAGCCCGAGAACAUCAAAGCCAUCCUGGCCACCCAGUUCUCCGACUAUGGCAAGGGCGAGCCUUUUCACCGGGAGUGGAAGGAGUUCCUCGGUGACAGCAUCUUCACCACCGACGGCGACCAGUGGCACGCCAGCCGCCAGCUCAUCCGGCCCCAGUUCAUCAAGGACCGCGUCAGCGACCUGCACACCUUCGAGUCGCACAUCCAGACGCUCUUCAAAGCCAUAGCCAACGGCGGCGCCCUCAACGGCGAGGACCAGCACGUUGCAAUGGAUGCCGUGGACGGCAAAGUCCUCGACAUCUCGGAGCUCUUCUUCCGUUACACCCUCGAUGUGGCUACUGACUUUCUCCUGGGACACGACGUGAAGUCGCUUUCGACCCCCAAACAGGAGUUCGCCGAAGCCUUCAACGAAGUCCAACGAGUCCAGAACAUCAUCGCCCGCGCAGCCAAGCUGAAGCCCUUAAUGCCCCUCUUCUCAUUCCGGGCCGGCCUAAAGGUCAUCAACCGGUUUGUCAACAAAUUCAUCGAGAGGGCCCUCCGCCUCAGCAAUGAGGAGCUCGCCUCCAAGACCAAGUCCGACCAGGGCUACACCUUCCUCCACGAGCUCGCCAGCUUCACCCGCGACCGUACAGUCAUCCGGGACCAGCUCGUCGCCGUCCUCCUUGCCGGUCGCGACACUACCGCCUCCUCGCUCUCCUGGACCCUCUACGAGCUGGGCCGCCACCCGGAGGUCGUCAGCAGGCUGCGCGCUGAGAUCAUCCAGCAUGUCGGCCUCGAUCGCGCCCCUACGUACGACGACCUCAAGAACAUGAAGUACCUCCAGAACGUCAUGAACGAAACCCUGCGCCUGUACCCCGCGGUCCCCUUCAAUGUUCGCCUGGCCCUCAAGGACACGACCCUGCCCGUCGGCGGCGGUCCGGAUGGCACGCUACCUUUAGCUGUCUGCAAGGACACGCCGAUCGGGUACUCGACGCUCCUCAUGCAGCGGCGCGAGGACUUGUACCCUCCCGUAUCCGAGACCUUUGCAGACCCGAGCGAGUUCUCGCCCGAGCGGUGGUUCCACUGGCAGCCCAAGCCGUGGACCUACAUCCCCUUCAACGGUGGCCCACGCAUCUGCAUUGGUCAGCAGUUCGCCUUGACGGAGAUGGGCUACACGCUCUGCCGUUUGUUCCAAAAGUUUGAAAAGGUCGAGAGCUACAUGGACGCCGUUGAUGGCGGGAACCCAACGCUCAAGGCCGAGAUUGUGCUCCAGCCCGGCGAUGGUGUCAAGGUUGCUUUCUGGCGGGCCAACAAGGGUUAA